AUGUGGACCUUGCUCAACAGUCAGGACCACAUGAGGUUCCAGGAGUCUUGGAUCCCUCUUGGGACGCGGCAAACAGUGCUCAAGGUCUUGAAGGGCGUCCCUUUGCAGGCCGAAAUGCCUGGGAAGAAUUGCCUGCUGUAUCGCUGCAAGAACAAGGAUGAGUUUGCAGCGAGCAUGCCUUCCUUCGAUGAAUGGGGGCUGCGGCCGAUCGGACUGGUGGGGCCCCGCGAGAACCCCAUCGUCGUGGCUCCCUUCUUCGCCGCCGGUGCCGGGCUCGCCCCAUGUGAAGUUGCGGGAGAGCGAGCUCCGACGGGGGCCGGUCGCUCGAGUCCUGAGGAACACAUGCCGAAUGGUGAUCCUGGGGCGUCGUCUUCGGGGGCCUGCGACCCCCCUCCUGAGACGCCGAUUAUUGAGGAGGUGCAGCAUGUGGCUCCCAAGGCCAAGGCUCUAGGAUCCUCGGGAGGUUGUGGUGAGACACAGGUGGAGGUGCGCAGGGCCGCUCUUGCAUUGCUGAGGGGGACGCCCACGGAGGAUGAGGAGGUCUGGAAGCGCGGUGACACACUGGCCCUGGAAGCCGUGGAGCGCAGCCUCAAGCUCGAGCGACUGGAGAUGAGGGAGCAUCAAGUUGCUCAAGCAGAAGAUGCCAUCAGGGCUCGCGAGGCCGGAGUUGAGGAGGAGGUGAAUCGCCGGGUGGCCGAGGUUCGCGCGGACCUGGAGGGUAGGUACGACCUUAAGCUGAAGCUCACGGGUACAGAGGAUGCGGGCAGGGCCGCUGCCCUCAGGCCCAGGUUGGAUGAGGCUGAGAGGUGCGCGGAGGCCACGGCCGCCGCCCUGAACGCCGACAACCACCUCACCUUGGCUGGGCUCACUCUUGAGAUGAUUGGGGCAGACUUCAUCCGCCACCGGAUCGCCCUGCUGCACAAUAAGGGGAGGCCGGCCUCAGACUUCAGGAACGCGGCUGACAUCAUGAGGCUCCGCCCUAGCUUGAAGCACAAUUUCACGGUGCUAGGGCAUGCCCAUUUUUGCCAGAGGCUCUUUCAGCUCAAGGUGAAUGAAGACGACAGGGUCGAGAGGACCGGCAAGGCCGUCAAGGCCGGUGGAGCUGGAUACAUUGCCGCCAGGGCGGAGGAGGAGGCACUCGCCAGGGAGGCCGGCAGCAUCGGCGCCAUGGAGGACGAGGCCGACACGGCCGUAGAAGAGAAAGAGCUCGCCGAAUGGGCGGGGUCUGCCAGGGAGGCCAGCAGCGCCGGUGCCGGGGCUCCCCUUGUUGAGGACGUGGUCGAGGAGUCGACCGAAGAGGAGGCCGAGGCGGAUGACUCCUCGCCCCCGGCAAGGAGGCGCGUCCUGCGGCGGGCUAGCUCUGGCGAGCCGGUACGACCCGGCAGGACCGCGCAACGGCAACAGGCCCAGGUGCAGCCCAUGCGCCAGACGAGGGCCACGGCAGCGAAGAAGAAGGCAGCGGCCGCCGCUUCUUCCUCACCCAAGCGGCGCAGGACCCCAUCCCCUUCUCCUCCCCCUUCGGACAGCGAACCCGAUGCCGAUUUCGACCUCGGGUCCUUCAUCCCGAAAAGGAAGAGGAGGCCGGCGGAGGAGGAAGAGGAGACGGAGACACUGGCCCAGAGGGCGGCGCAGAGGGCCAAGGCCUCGGCGGGUGACAAGCCCCCGGCGAGCACUUCGCGCAUGCCGGAGACCCCUCACUCGAUGGACCAGGAGGAUAUCAACAUAGUCAUUGGGGAGGUCGCCAAGGACGCCAAGGCCGAGGCCGUUAGGAUCGCGGCUAAGGAAAUCGCCAAGUCCGCCACCGGGGAGGCCGGCAAGGGGACGACAGACACUAGAGCGCCUGCCGAGGGGGAGAUCUUUGAUGAUGAGGCGCUCGCCACUGCUGGGCUCCAGGUUGUCAAUGAACCAAGCGCCAGCAGCGGCGGCCCCCAAGAAGAGCAUCUCCUUCGGGCCAUGGGCGCCAACUUCCAGAAGCUCCAAGCACUCCACCGUGCCUGCCAGGACAAGGCGCUCGCCGCCACACUCCGCGACAAGGAUGAAGAGAUCGGGGAGAUCGUCGCGCAGCGGACCCAGGAGCUGGAGCAGAGGCACAAGGAGGCACUCGAUGCUCAGGCCCUAGUCCAUGCCGGCAAGGUGAAGGAGCUGGAGCUGGAGCGGGAGGAGCUGAAGAAGAAAGUCUCGGCGCUGACGGAGGAGAGGGACACAGCCAACCGCACUCUGGCGGAUGCGCAGGUCGCCAUCUCCGACAAGGCCAAGCUGCUCUCCAAGGCCAAUGACUCCAUCAACAAUCUGAAGUUGAAGCUGGACGGCUUGGAGGGGAAGCUUUCAGAGGCCGGGGCUCGUGAGGAUACCCUGAACAAGGCCCUGGAGGAUGAGAAGUGGCUGCGGAGGGAUGAUGCCGCCGAGCACAAGGAGUACACGAAGAGCGUAAACCUCUGGAUCAGCCGCCUCGUCGACGUCGCCAGCAGGAUCACCACGAAGCUGGCCGCCAUGGGCAUGUCGAAUGUCAGGUACUCCCAGGAGCCGAACGUGAUGUAG